GCGAAUUUGGUCCUUCAUGUUUCAUUCCAAUGAAUUUUCCAUGGGGCAAUGGAUUUGGUUGAAGAGUUCCUGGAACUUGGCAAAAACGUAACCGUGACAAAUCUGGUGGAGCUACUUCGAGUACUUCGGAGACGGAUCCCUGGCAGGUAUCUUCCGAAGAACCUCAAAGAUCUAGUGGGCAUAGAUGAGACGGACACAAAGAAUAUUGGCCGGCAUUUCUGGUCAUGGUUGAAUAAACAGAAAUGGCGUAAGAUGCUUCCUCGGCCAUUUCCGGUGGAAGUGGUGUUGAAGGAUGAACGCAGGGAAGUGCCCAACUACCUUGGAACUUGGCAUUUGCAUUUGCCCGGUGACUUGAUUCAUUCAAUGUAUACUUAUGACGUCGAUCUGUUCCGUGAUCGAUGGCUUGGGCCACCUGGAGCUUUGGAACAAUUCUGGAAUGCACAGCGAGAAACUGAAUGGUUCAAAAUGCAUCCUAUACUCUCCAAUCCAGAUGUUGAUCUUCGAACCCAUUUCCCAAUUCUUUGCCAUGGUGAUGACGCGGACUCACACCGACGGAGAUCAUUCUGUGUCUGUACAAUUGCAAGCCCCCUUUCAAUCAGUCGAUCUUCUUGGGAUACCAGAUUCCCCCUCUACAUUGUUGACAACACUCGGGCUCUCAACGAAACUUUUGACUGUCUCGAUGCUUGGAUCGUUCAUGGGCUAUGUGAGCUCCAAGAAGGCUCCUUUAUGGAUGUUGAUGUGUAUGGCCGACCUUGGGCCAGGGGAAAACAUGGGAGGAUUUGCGGACCCUACACUGGGGUGUUUGUUGCUUUGAAAGGCGAUCAAAAAUUCCUUCAAAAAUGUUUGAAACUCACUACAUCGGCGACGUCAGAGUUGGUCUGCAUGUAUUGCAAAGCAAAAAACCAUGGCGAUUUGAUUUACACGGCCUUUGGCCCCAGUGCUCCGCACCGUGAAUGUUUGGUCAGCAAUGUUGACUUUUUGCUAGAAGGCUGUCGGCCAAACAGUUGGAUCAGACUUCCGGGUUUUCACCUAUCACGGGUACUUACAGAUUGGCUACAUCUCAUAGAUUUGUCACUGAUACCAGAAGUGAGUGCAAGUGCACUCAUAGAGCUGACCGAAGAUGACUCUAUAUGGCCUGGUGACCAUCAAGACGAACGCCUUAGAAUGGCCUUUGUGCAAUUUACCAGUGAAUGCAAAAGACAUGGCGUCAGAAACAGGGGACAAAUCUUUUCAGUGAAACAGAUGUAUCCACUGGGAAAGGGUAACUACCCUACUUUGGUGCAGAAACAUUUCAAUGGAGCAGAGGCGACCGUGUUAGCCAAGUGGCUAAAAGGUGUGACUUUGGCUGUGGCUGCUGCUAACCCUGCCAGUGAACAUUGCGCGCUUAGGGCAUCUAUCUUUGUGAACUUGGUAGUGAUGCGAAGCGCAGUUGGAAGGGGUCGCAAUGAUUGGUGUGUUCUCAAGCCACAAAAUCUAUCGCUUUUGCAACGUGCUAACUUCCUACUGCACAGUGCCCUGAACAGCUUGGCCACGGAGGCCAUUGAUAAGGAGGUUUUGCUGUGGAAGAUCCGGCCGAAAAUCCACCAGAUCGACCAUCUUUGCAUCGACCAAGCUGCACUGAUGAACCCACUGACUUUGUCAACGUAUGAUGACGAAGAUUUCAUUGGAAAAUGUAAGGGGUUGGCAAUGAGAUCUGAUGUUCGAGCAAUGGGGUAUCAAACCCUCCAUAGAUAUGCUGCAUAUGUUUGUUGCCGCUGGUUACGCCAGCUUACUGGCAGCUGAGUGAUGGUCAAUGGUUUCU